AUGGAGGGGAAAAACGACCCACAACUUCCCUAUAACAUACUGGCAAUUCAAAGAUUUCUACAGACAGUUCCAGGGUGUCAGAAAGCAGCAGAGAGCUUAUUGGAAUGCGCGAAGAAAAAUGAAGUUAUCAAAAAGGUUCUUCCAAAGAACAUCGACUUAUUUGGCGAAGAAAGAGAAAAUACCUUCGAAAAAUUCGCGUCGGAAAACCCACUUGUUGAUUUCAAACGAUGUUUUCUCCAACAUCUUUCGCCGAAACCCGACGGCCUUUCUAUCCGGUCCAAGAAUCAGUCAAUUUCCCUUCCUUCAAUUUCCUCCAACGGGUCUAUAAAAUCCCUUCCAGCGAACUUCCAACGAGCCAACAGCUUUACAAAAUUUCGAUCUCAACGGAAUAUCGGCAGACUAUUCCCAAGAAAGAUUCAGUACAAUGAUUUGCUAUGGGACAACUUUCAGGUUCAAGCGCAUAUUCUCGGCCAUUUGGAUCAAGUAAACAUCAUUACUUUCGACAAGACGGGAAAAAGGAUUAUUACAGGCUCAGAUGAGAGUCUAAUAAAGAUCUGGAGCUCCAUAACCGGCAUGUUACUGAUGACACUUCGCGGCCAUGAGGGAGAAAUCAACGACUUACAGGUCCAUCCUGAUAACACGCUUCUCGCUUCGUGCGAUGACAAAAAAGCCAUUCGAAUUUGGUGCCUCAGAAGUGGCGCUACAGUAACUUGUUUGCUCGGCCAGCACACUGGGCACAAUAUCACGUCUAUCUCCUGGGGUCCGGGGAUGUUCUGCGUCACAGAUACCUACAUCCGCCCUUUGGUAUCAACUGGAAACGAUGGAACCGUGGUUUUCUGGUCCUACGACGAAAAUGACAAGCAAUUUAUUCUGGAAGCCCCACCCAAGUUCACAGAACGAACAAAGCCUGGAGAUCGUGCAGUUCAACAAGCCUGGUCUAAGGGAGGCAGAUUCAAUGCUGUUGGCUUCUCUGAUGGUCGGAUUCGCGUGUACAUGAUUCUCAAACCCGAGAGCCCUCGCGGAGUCGACAAAAUCGCCGAACUCGAUGUUCAUACAAACUGCGUCUCGUCCAUCGAAUUCAAUCAAAUGCAAAGUACGACUGUUCCACCAGCGCUGCUCAGUACCUCUUUUGAUGGCUUUGCAAUCAUUUGGAGGCUGAAACAUCGCCGCUGGAAGGUGCAAAAGAUCGAUUGUGUUGGUGAAACGACCGAAACAGAUCCGAAAAAGCGGCCAAAAGUCAAUGAUGGAAUCUGGCUGAAGAACGACGAGCUGAUCAUUGUCGCUCUUGUGAGUGCACAGACAAGUGGAGGCAAUGUCAUUAAAGUUUUCAGCGCAGCUAACUCAACACUUGUCACAACACUUUCUUAUCAUUCCCAGACAAUUCAGAACCUCAAGGCUCAUCCAAAAGAACCUCAUAUAUUCGCAUCAUCUGGCUGCGACGGUCUCAUUCUAGUUUGGGACGUUUCUCGGUCGAAAAAGCUCGCUGAAGUGUACUUUCCAUCAACGAUAGAGUCCGGAGAGCAGAUGUCUAUCCACGACAUUUGCUGGUCCUCCGACGGGACGAAGAUUAUUUCCGCCGAUUCUCAGGGACACAUGAGCAUUUCUGGCUUUGGAACUGACUCGAAACUCUCUCAGCUUCCUGAAGAGUUGUUUUUCGAAACAGACUACCAUCCUCUCGUGCGUGAUCGAGAAGGAUUCGUUGUCGAUGAGCAAACUGGGCUCACUCCUCACCUGCAGAAUCCAGGCAUGUACACCAACUCCCAAAACGAGCCCUACCUUGGCAGAGUCAAUGAUUCUCGAACAAGGCGGCAAAUUGCUGAGGAAGAGCUUCAAGGACAAAGAGAUGUUCUCGGGGAGCGGAUUCGCCAAUUAGACCUCGAGCUCACUCAAGCAGAGUUGGUUCAAGCUGAAGAGGCAGGAACACCAAUGAUCGUUGAUGAAAACUCUGUGCAUCUUGACAUGUCUGUUCUAACAUUCGAUGUUCAAAGAAGAUCGCAAGUUGGCGGAACGAAAAAACCAAGCUGGUGCAAUAAAGAUUUUUGUGAAGUCCUCGAUUUGAAAACCGUCCAAACUCGAGAUAAGCUUCAAAAGCAGUUAAUAAACGCAGAGGAAAAGUGGUACAGGCGAGAAGGACUUACCGACGACGACGUCAUGCAGAUUGAUGAGAUCCAUGUGACGGAAAACUCCGAAGCAGGAAACUCUCGGCCAAUAUCUUCAAGCCAGCGUCGGGCAAAUCGUCGAAAUCAAAGAAGAAGCAGGGAUAUUCCAGAGCCUGAGCUACCGCCAGAGUCAGAAGAGGAUAACUCCAUCGACGGAUCGGAUGAAGAAUUCAACUUGAACUCAUCCGCCGAGCAGCGAGAGCAAAACAACCAAUCUCGACGAAGAAGAGCUCCGAGAGGAUAUGUUCCUGUCGAUGAUGAGCCAGCGGAGGAUGAUUCUGAUGCUCUUGAUGACGACGAAGAAGGGUCUACAGACGAUGAUUCAGAGGAGACAACGCAGGGGAACACAUCGUCGGAGUACGUUCCUACUUUGGAAGAGCCGUCAGAAGAGGCGAGUAUUUCAAGAAAUCGAAGAGCCCGGAGAUCUCAAGAUCUGCAGGCGCAACAGACCACUUCGACCCGCGGUCAGAGAAAAAAGAAACGAAUCAUUCAACAUCUCGAAAGCGAGGAAGAGGAAGAAGAAGCCCCGAUAGCCGAUCUAGAUAGCUCGAUAGAAGAAGAGCAGCCUGGACCGAGCUCACGUCCGACAUCCUCCAGGCCGAGGAAAAAGAAGAUCGUGUUUUCUGAAGAUGAGGACUCGGACAGGGUCGAUCCGCUGAAAAAAUUGAGCACAAAAUAUAUCAAAAAGAAAAAGAAACGCGAAGCAAAGGGGCGAAUUCGAUCAGAUGAAUCCUCGCCGACUGGUCACGCUUCUCCUUAUCACUCACUCAUCGAAUCGCCCGGAAGAGGCCAUUUACAAUGGAUCAGCCAAACUCAACCUCUUCGAUGCCCGUUUAUACCUCAAGUCGGCGACAAGGUUUACUACAUUCCACGCGCACAUGAACAGUUUGUCAAAGAACUCGAAAAUCAAAAGAUUACCUCUCUUCGAAAAUUUCACCGUGUUCCGCAACAGAUAAAAAACUCCGAAGAAUUGAUUGGAAAGGACAUUUUAUGUGUUGUAGAAGAACUAGAAAUUGAACUGAUGAAGGAGAAGAAAUUCAACCCUCCAGCUAGAUGGUGCUCUGUCGUUUUAAAAUGUAUCGAUGAGGAAAUUGAUCUCAAGAAAUUCACGAUAAAAUACGCGCCACUGGAAAACUGCGAAGAGUUUAUUAUCUACGAUAAACUGUACGAUGCUUCAAACGAGUCGGAAUUCAAAGAAGGGGACGAAGUCUGGGGAAUUUUUGAAGAAAUUGGCCCCGAAAGUAGGAUCCCUCAAUGGUUCGCUGGGGAGAUACAGUCCGUUCAUUUGUUAGCUGGAGAAGAAACACUAUUCAAUAAGUUCACGGUAAAAUGGCUGUCGGACGAUAAAGUCGACGUUCAAUCCGUCUGGAAUCUUGUUCCUCGGAACUCUGACGAACAGCCGGAAGUAAUCCUCUCUCACACAGAGAUUAGCGACAAGGAGAGUACCCGCUUGAUCAACAUCCUAGCGGCAGUAAUCUCUAAACAAAUUCCAGAAGUUGCGGCUUACAAUCACGAAGUCGAGGAUGAGUUCCGCGAAGAAUACGAACAAACUAUCUCGUACCCAACUAAUUUGACGAAGAUCAAAGACCGUUUGGAGACAAAUUUUUACAGAAACAAGGCCGGUCUGCUUUGGGAAAUCGCUCUUCUUCACGAGAACUGCGCGCUUUUCAAUGGCUCAAAUGAUGCUGAUUCAAACGGGAUGUUUUCUAUGUCGAAGAUUCUUUCUGAAGCUCUUUCCGAAGCCGUGAAUGAUCGAAAACUGGAACCGAAUGAUUUCAUUGAACGACUUCAGAAGAGAAUUGACGAAAAUGAGGGGGAAUCGGAUGAGGAAGAAGAGGGUGAAUCUGAGAAAGAGGGCUCGGAUGAUGAGGAAGAAGAAGCAGAAGAAACUGACGAAGAAGAAGGCGAGCAAGUCACAAGAAUCCUCAGCAAUCGCAGCGAAAACAAUCGACCUCGUAAUUUUCGAAAGAUCGACUUUUCUACCGAUAGUGAGGAGGAGAAUACAUCAAUUACUCGUCGAACUCGCUUUGGAUCGCAAGAUCCUCUUCCAGAAAACGAGCUCGAGGAAUUCGUAAACGCGGUCAGCCAAUCUCAACGCUUCAAACAGCGGUUGAUGAAAGAACUCCGAAAUUUGCCAGCUAGGGUUCAGAAAGAAAAGCUCCGGGAUAUCAAGCCAACGGUUUUUGAAACAAGCUCCAGGAGCACAAGAGUGAAGAAAAAACGACACAGGUUCUCGAGUUCUGAUGAAGAUGCCGAAGACAUGUCGAAUGACGAUUUUGAUUACGAAAAAGAGAACCGAAGACGACCAGCUAAAAAGCGACCUCGUCCAAUGAAAAAGCAACUUGAGGAGGAGAGUGAAGAAGAGGAAGAACUCGAGGAACAAGUGGACGAAGAAGAAGAGGAUGAUUCUGAUGAAAGAAACGACAGAUUCAGCACAGAUACUGAGCCUGAAGCUCAGGCGGAUGAGGACGAUGAUGAUGAAGUACCGCUGCCAAGUUUUCAAAGAAAUAGAAGACAGAGGAAGAUCUCUGAAGAUUUCAGCGAUGAAGCCAGGGACGGUUACGCAGAGCCAAGUCCUCGUCGCUCUACACGUCGACGAUCUUCUCGUUUCUCAGAGAAUUCCAACUCAAAUUCUCGCCCUUCGCGCCAGAGUGCCCGAAAGAAGAAAAAGCUCUACAAUUUCGAAGAGUCGGACGAAGACUUUUCUAUGUAA